CAAACAAUGACUCAAAUAUCACAAAAUAUGUUUGAGAUACACAUGUUGAAGUUGAAGAGCUGAAAAUUAAAAAGAAUUUGUACAUGAAAAUAAAAAUAAAAAAGGUCCCCCCCUCUCAUCUGAUAUAAAUACAAACAUCUACUGCUGCACUGCAACAGUGCUGGAGGGUCCCCUGUGGAAUUUAUUAGAGAGAGAAAAAUUGAAAAAAAAAAAACAAUUUUUUUUUUUUUUGGGGCAUGACAAAUUUGCCAACCAUAUGUUGGUGUUAGUAGUGAGUGGUCGAUGGCAUGUUUUAGAGAGAUAUGUACAACCAAAACAACCCUGGUGACCACAAGGGGGCUGGGGCUCCCCCAAUGAGCCCCAGAAUCUCCUUCUCCAACGACUUCGUGGAAUCCUCUCGGUCCCAUUCUCGGGCGGCGGCGGCGGCGGCGUACAGGGACGCGCCGGUGUCCGCCGACUUCGAGUUCUCGGUGAGCAACUACUCGAUGAUGUCGGCGGAUGAGCUGUUCUUCAAGGGGCGGCUCCUCCCCCUCAAGGAGGGCUGCUGCAGCAGUGGCAAAACCACCACGCUCCGCGAUGAGCUUAAGAAUGAGGAUGAGGAUCAAGAAGAGGAGGAAACUUCUGGAAGCUUCUCAUUGAGGCCCCCCAAGAAUCCCACUAGGUGGAGGGGGUUUUUGGGCCUCAGGAAAUCACACAUUGGCUCCAAGAAGAGUAAUGACAAAUCCCUUGACAAAAGGCAUCAUGAUGACCUCCAAUGCACCAAGAAUUCACACUCACAGGAAUUUGUUGAUUGAAGAUGGGAGUCAUGAUGAUGUGUUAAAUAUUAGUUUGGGGCCGGCAAAUUUUGGGGGAGAAAAGGGAAUCAAGUCUUCUUGUUGAGGUUUGUGUCAAUCAUGAUGUAUUGAAAAAAAAAAAAAACAAAAACAAAAACAAAAUUUAUCUUUAGAUGUGUAUUUUUUUUUUUUUUUCAGGUUAACUGUAGUUUGUCUCAAUUUUCAUAUCCUAAUCUAGUAGAAUUUUGCUGAUUGCUGAUCAGCUGUUUUGACCA